AAUCAAAAGUGGGAAAUCAGGGGACCAUUGAGUUCCGAUUACUUUAUUGACUCUCUCUGAUCUCUCUGCAUUUGUCAGACAAGAAUUCAUCUAAUCCUUGCUCCCAACAGACAUAGCUUCAUAUUAUUGUUUUGUUUCCUUUCCAAAAUUUCCCUUUUUAUUUGUUCUUCUUUUGUACUUAUAAAUAUGUGAUUCCCUUUCUUCUUUCUCUUUAACAAUCACACAAAUUAACCAAACCCCACUUCCAAUUUUCUCUACGUGCCUCUUGUUCUAAUUUGAUUAAUUUGCCAUGGAAAACAUGAGGCUCAUGAGGAAACACAAUACUACUCACACAUGCAUGGCCAAUAAUUCACACACACCUUCUUCUUCCCUAGCCAUGCACAAAGAUUCCCACAUGAUAUCCAAAACCAAACCAAAGAUCCGCAUAAUCCACAUAUUUGCACCCGAGAUCAUAAAAACCGAUGUGGAGAACUUCAGAGAGCUUGUGCAGAAGCUAACUGGGAGACCAAGUGGAGAAAAUUUGAAGUGUUGCAACAAGAAGAAGGAAACAAGGGUUGUUGUGGCAAAACAAAGAGAGGAAUUAGAAUCUUAUUCAAGUGAGAGUGGCAUGUCAGAGGAUCAUCACAAAAACACAGUGAAAAAUAAUAAUGGUGGGUGUUGUUGGGGGUUGGAUGUGACAACAAGGGGCAAAGUCAAAGAAGAGGUUGUUGGGGUUUGUAAUUGCAGUGAUGAAAGUAAUUCUUCUGGUGGGUACUUGGGGGGGUUCUCUGAUUUGGAAGGGUUCAUUUCUGAUUUUGGUGGGUUUCCUUUGCUUCCUUUGGAUGGGAAUCACAUCAUGGAAGGGUUUGAAGAAUCUCAACUUUUAUAGGAUAGAUAUUUAUAUGUUACUUAGAUCAUAUCAUAUAUAUAGAGAUAUUUCUUUCUUCAAUUUGGUGAUGGUUCAUAUAUAUAUAGCUUUUUGUGUUUGAUUAUGAAAUGUUUUGGCUUUCUUUAUGAUAUAUAGAAUGGCUGACUUAUCAUUUUCA